AUGGCACGACGUGAUAACCAACCUGUUGGCCUUCUACAGGCUGCACUACAGGAGACAACCACUACAGCCACUGCCAGAGCUCUCGAAGGCCAGAAAAUCUUUAGCCCUAUAGCAGCCUUCCUUGACAAUCACCGGCGCCAGAAUACUGGCCUCACUCCUCGCCAGAUAGGAGCGCUAGCUACCCUUAGCAAUGACCUGGCUAAUGUAGCCCAACAACACUUCAAUGCCUACAUCAGCGGCGUGCCUUGA